AUAAGGCAGGAUGGGGUUAAAAUGGAGUUGCUGAGCUAACUGCAUAUUGUUUUGCUUUUGUGCAAAAUGCUUUGGCUUGCAAAAUGCUGUUAUGAGAUAAUUGAACUAUAGCUGACCUUGUGACAUGUGAUAAUUGUUUUAAGUUUUAAAAACCACAAAAACAGAAGUUGAUCGGAAAUGUACCCAACCUAUGUCAUGAUGACCCCAUAUUUGUGCUUACUCAAGUACCUUGUGAUCUGUACCCUGGAAAAACCCUUUACCUUGUGAUAAUUUGUCAUGCUGUGGUUUAUCUUGUGAUCUUUUGUAAUGAUGUGGAGAUAUGCUAAUGUUGUGGUUUUAAUCCUUAAAUACUCUGUGCGGUUGAUGAUCGGGGCCUCUCUUCUCGCACUGCACCAGAGGGUGCUGUUGUGCUUAGAGUUGGCCCAUCUGCGCAGAUGUAAUAAACUUCCUCAUGCCCUUUGCAGCGAUUGGAAUGGAAUUCGUGUUUCUGGGGUCGGUAGAAGUGUGAGACACCUUUUGGGGUCUUACAUUCUUGGGGGCUCAUCCGGGAUUUGAGACCCCAGACCCACGCUCCAUUUUCCAAUCAGAGGCUUUGCUUAAAUGUUCACCUCCCGGGGCUUCGAAGGCUUCCAAGAGGAGCAGUCCCCGGCUUUGCUCUCCGACCUCUCUGCCAUGGAGUCAGCACCUGACAGCAGCCCAGGGAGCUACGACCCUGGGACUGUGGCUGUGAAGGAGAAGCUCUGGGAGAAGCUCCGGGGGCCAGAGGGCAGCCGAAGUGGCAGCCGGGGCAGCUACAAUCCCCUGCAGUACCAGGUGGCACACUGCGGGCAGACGGCUGUCCACCUGCCUCCGACCUUGACGGCACCAGGCCAGCCCCUGUGCGUCCCCGAGGCCCCCUUGGCCACCAUCGUGCCCCCCAACAGCCCCCUCAAGGCGCCCUCCCCGGCUGACCCCUCGCAGGAGGACAAGGAGGCAGUGAACAAGGACUGCCUGGAAUACCGGCUGUGGCGGGAGCGCAACAAUAUCGCCGUGCGCAAGAGCAGGGACAAGGCCAAGCGGCGCAUCCUGGAGAUACAGCAGUACAUGGCAGAAAAUGAGCAGCUGCGCAGCCGCGUAAGGCAGCUCACGCAGGAGCUGGAUAUCCUGCGCAGGUGUUUGAGAGCUAUUAUAAAUUUGUUGUCAUUGGUCAGCACAGAAAUUAAAAAUUAAGGUCAUAAAAAAAAAAGAGAGUAUUGUUGGUAAGAAGGGCUGAGGAAAGAAGAGCUUUUUAUAUAAGGAAAGGACAUGGUUUGUAAGAAUGACUUUAUCCGGAUGGCUAGUUUACUCUAGACUGAAAUGGAAAUGGUAAAAUGUUUAAAGUAAGUCGAAGAGGGUGUGUGAAAGUCACAGAAAGUAUUUGGGUCAAUUCAGCUGAACAGGCACCAGGUAUUAAUCCAAAUUUGUAUGACUUCUUCAGGGAUGUGUUUUCUGUUUUUGUCUCUGUUGUAUUUUCUGUUUUUGAAUUUUGAUGCCUUUUUGUAACUUUGUAUUCUGCGGGGCCUACUUCCCCUACCCCGCAGACUUGCUUCUGUGCCUAUAAGAUUGGCUGUAAGACACAGAGAUGUGCUUGCAAUACUUUUAUUUUGUUUUACCCCGGUGAUGGGUAGCCCACAUAUCCCAAUGAAGAUCACGUGGGAAGUAAUAUCUGGUACCGCUGAGGUUGUGUGGCCCGUUACCCGCGUGGCCCCUUCUGGGAUAUGGUGGCCCUCCUUGCACCCCAGUGUUUGUUAAUUGGUUGUAAAAAAGACACCUGGGACAUCUCCGGCCUGUUUUCUGAUCAGACUCCCCUAUGAAACAAAGGACCGGGCGGAAGCGUAUAUUUAAUCACCUCUUAAUUCUAAUUGUUACCAACGUGGGACAAAAUUUAAAAAGUAAUCCCUUAAAUUUUAAGAUUAAAAUUUGACAAAAAAAAGGGGGGAAUGAGAAGAUAAGGCAGGAUGGGGUUAAAAUGGAGUUGCUGAGCUAACUGCAUAUUGUUUUGCUUUUGUGCAAAAUGCUUUGGCUUGCAAAAUGCUGUUAUGAGAUAAUUGAACUAUAGCUGACCUUGUGACAUGUGAUAAUUGUUUUAAGUUUUAAAAACCACAAAAACAGAAGUUGAUCGGAAAUGUACCCAACCUAUGUCAUGAUGACCCCAUAUUUGUGCUUACUCAAGUACCUUGUGAUCUGUACCCUGGAAAAACCCUUUACCUUGUGAUAAUUUGUCAUGCUGUGGUUUAUCAUGUGAUCUUUUGUAAUGAUGUGGAGAUAUGCUAAUGUUGUGGUUUUAAUCCUUAAAUACUCUGUGCGGUUGAUGAUCGGGGCCUCUCUUCUCGCACUGCACCAGAGGGUGCUGUUGUGCUUAGAGUUGGCCCAUCUGCGCAGAUGUAAUAAACUUCCUCAUGCCCUUUGCAGCGAUUGGAAUGGAAUUCGUGUUUCUGGGGUCGGUAGAAGUGUGGGACACCUUUUGGGGGUCUUACAGUCCGUUGAUAGUGUCCGGAAAACACAAACACAGAGGCUGUAGCAAUAUCUGGGAUUGAGUUAGCCAGA